AUGCCUACCAACGCCUCGAACACUUCAUCCCCUGUGAGGCGUCCUGCUCUGGGUCGUCGUGCCAUAUCCUCACAUGCCGUUGUGACAACGCGCCCGUCCACUCCAAAAGAGCUGUCCCACUCCCAUACCCAGAAAGCGCCUAUACACAAGCCACGCCCUCAUGUUGUCGGUGGGGGCUAUCGUACGCAUAGUCGCAACCCAUCGUUUGGCAAAGGACUAAGCAAGCUGCAAAGACUCACUUCGACGGAAGGCCAUUCACGUAUUCAGCAUCAGCGCAAAAAGUCCGCUCCAGUCACUCCCGCCGGAAGUCCACGAGGGAGUCAUCACGUCCACUGGGGAGGUUCGGCCGACAAGGCGGAGGGCUCAUCCAUCAAGAAGACCUACUCCAGCCCUGCUCUUCGACGGCAUACAUCUGGUGGUGUUCCAACAAAGAAAUCUUUGGUCACUAGUCGUCCUCACAGUUGCAGUGGGAAGAAGAAGACGGUAGGGUUUGAGCUUGCCGACUCAGACUACGAAGGUGAAUGGGAGGAUACUACACAGUCGCCGGAGAGCACAAGGCGCGACUCGAUCCAGCUGGGCAAAGAGGGCGCAGAGAACGCUGCGGUGCUGGUCGAUCCCCUCACGUUCGUUAAACGCCCAUAUCCCCAGAUACCCCGAGCCACGAGUCUUCCCGAACCAAGUAGCGUGGCCCUGGCCCACGAGAAGCUUUCCCAAGGUGAGGACAAUCAACCAACUUCUGAGACUGAAGAACAGCGUGUAGAGCUUGACCGGCCUUCCGAGCACGGUGAUAUCGCUGCGCAGCUUCUCAGUCCGUCGCACUCCACCAAAGCGCCCCCAGCCAUGUCCUCUGUCUCAGCAAUGGUAAGGCCAGCCGCGGUGGAUGCUGUCUCGCGGAACGCAUCUCUCUCCAACAUGGCUGCUGCGCACGAUGCCUCCAAACGCACAGUUCUGCCCUCGUCCAACCCCACACUCGAACACACUCCUAAGAAUAGCGUGCAGGGAACGUCAUCAUCUAUGGAGGGAGGAGUUUCGCGCUUCAUCGUUAAUGGCAAACCCAUGUCACGUACAGAUUCAGACCCCAAUACGCCGUCAUCAUUCCUUCCUCAUUAUCGUCCGCAGACGCCACCAUCUCCAAACACCACUACAGCCUCAGCAAGGGCGAACAAAGCAUCUCCUCCCUCACGUCUACGGGGUGCCGAACCACAUUCGCGCACUCAACAGAAACUAUGGCUGCAGCGCACUGCUGCCCUGAACACAUCACCGCCUGAUUCUCAUGGUGGGUCGGCGAGUGUGUCGCCAGCUGCGAUGGAUCCUGCGUUCCGGGCUGCUGCAAAUGGACGGCCUGGUCCCGGGCCUUACGACCCCGUAAGAAGAGCUGUUAACGGAAGUAUCAGGGUCGGCGUGACAGCACAUGAUACUGAGGCCAAGCAUGUUCGCAAGGUGUACGAAAAGACUGCGUUAGAAUUGGCUGUCGUCCAACGUUUCCAGUCCCCGACAGAGGAAAGUUUUGACCGAUUAAGUUCGAUGUUGAAGAGACUGAAGGGUCCAGAUCCGAGUUCGGAACAAGGUCCGGCACUCAGUAAACCGGUCAAGUCUGCUCCGGCACUGAUGCUUUUGCCUUCUGCUGCUCAAAAGGGACCACAUGUGCUCAAUGCCUUGGAAUCAAGUAGAGCGAACAAUACAAGGACUCCGGCCUCGCAGACUUAUUCCCAAGACUCUGACGACCUCGCGAAUAGUGGCGAUUCGGCAGAUAUUAUGCAGCGCCCGAAGUCUCAACAUCCUUCUCAACGUAUCCUCUCCACUUCUGACGAAGCCCCGAAUGGUCAUGCUGCGGCAGGUGAAGAAUUGGAAGACCAUUCUUUACCUGCCGAAUCUGAGUUAAUGAUCCGUCGCCUUUGGGAGAGCCGAGAAGUGGCCACCUCUGGAUGA